UCAUCGCAUAACAUACGUAUUCAACAAGCCAAAUACGGAAAUAACACCGUGUCCGCUAAACCAGGAAGAUUGCUGGCAACGUCUAGCCUCUCGACGAGCCUCUCGCACUUGAACUGCUCGCCUUAUUGCAAGUCGAACGAGUAUGGACGUACAGAUUUUUAACGAGUUCCAUUGCAAGUUCUUGGCUUCCAAUGACGAUAACCAGUUGGUCCUGGACGAUGCGGAGAGAGUAACAAGCAAGCGAUUGUGGGAGUUUACAAGCGAGAAUUUCAUCAUCAACCAGUACAACGGUCUCGCGCUGCAAGUUCAAGAAAACAGCCAGACGGUUGUGCUGGGUAUACGCGCGAGAGUCAAGCAUUCUCAAAGUGGAUUCCUACCUCAGGAAAUAAAAUCCGCCUAGCCGCAGGCAGCAAGAUGUACCUCUGCGCGCCGAACCCAUCGGGAAACGUCGAAGUGAGAUUUUGCGAUAAAGCCGACGACGACACGAAUGGUUUUAACGAAUGGAAGCCUCUCUCUGAAAAAGGAGAAAAUAUUAGAUUGCCUACCGAAGAGAUAGAUGCGCCUGAUGACGAUUCUCAGUAUGGCUAUCCAGUUCCGGGUAAAAUGCAGCGUCCGACGUCAGCCAUUUCAAUGCAGGCCAUGUUUUUCGUCAAUGACAGCGAAUGGGCGGCGCUGCGCUCAUCCGGAGAAUUCGACUAUAUCGUUGUUGGUUCAAGCUUUUGCGGUUUUGCCUUCGUUGAUAGGGUGUUGAAGAAUAACCCCUAUGCAAAAAUUCUCAUUUUGGAGCGAGGAGAUUACUUCCUACCUCAGCACUUUCAAAAUCUUCCACUGCCUUUCAGGAACACCCUUGACAUUUCUGAAACGUUCCCAUGGUCAAUUGCGAAAAAGAUGCACGAUGGAGAGUACAUCAAAUGGCUACACGGCCAGGUCCCAUACUUAGGCGGGCGCUCCGGUAUUUGGAGCGCGUGGUGUCCAGAGCCAUUAGACGAGGAUAUGCCUGGGUGGCCAAAGGAAGUUACGAAUGCUAUACAUCAUUAUUUCAUGGAUGUAAAGGAGCUUUUAAAUGUUAUACCAGCCAGUAAGAUUUUCGAGAAGGAAGAUAAUCCGAUCUAUGGAGUGAUGCAGAAGUGUCUCAAAGAAGAGCUGGAGAAGAAUAAAGCGAAGCUUCCCACCAUCACUAGGAUCAUUCCUGCGCCGCUAGCUGUUGGUGCUCCACAUUUACGGUACAUUCACUACCACAAGUUUUCGGUGCCUGGCCACCUUCUGAACAUACUGGAAGAGCAGAAACGAAAGUGCACUCGUGGCGAAGGUUGGCUAACCAAGCUAGCUACAAACUGCAUUGUGGAAAAGAUCAUCCACCAUGAAGAGAAAGCCACAGCUCUAAAGACCAGUCGUGGUGAAAUAAAACUUGGCAACGCCAAGCUCAUUCUAGCAAUGGGGACCCUACCACCCACAACACUCGUCCUCAACUCCUUCCCUAAGUUUCGAUUUCAGAGCUUUAAGCAUGUUGGAGAGCGUUUCACCGCCCACUUUAUUAGUUUCAUCACGGGUCGUGUCCCGAAGUCAUGUCUUCCCUUCAAUGAUGUAAUGGGCAAUUUCGAAAUGGGUGCUUUAUAUAUCGCAGGAGUGGACGUCCCUAGAGGACAGUACCACAUUCAACUCUCUGCAGUAGCCAAUGCAAAUCCAGACAAGGAUGCUGCUGAUGCCCUACGACAUUCUCCGGAUGUAUUUGCUGCACCAUCCGACGAGCAGCUAAGGACGUCGAAAGAUCACGUCAUCUUUGGGUGUGCAGCGCUGGGAGAACUAGAUUAUCGCAACGACGACAACUGGUUCCGCUUGAACAAAAGUUCGGACAUCACCAGCAACGUCGACCUUCAGGUGAUUGCAAACGAAAAUGAUAACAAAUUGUGGGACGUCAUGGACGAGUCCACCUUUGAUGUGAUUGAGAAGGGAGUGUCCGGCAGUGAUGUCGAGUAUUGGCAUUCUCAGGGGAGCAGCGGCUCAUGGCUGACUCAACGUCCCCCUGCUGACAAGAGACGAUCGCCUGGUCUUGUGCAUGAGGCGUCUACAAUGUGGAUAGGUAGUAGCGAGGAAGCCCCCGUCAGACUCGAUUAUCGUCUUCGUGGUGUGAAGAAUGUAUACAUCACUGGGGCAUCCCUGUGGCCCACUGGAGGUUCUUGGAAUCCAACUGGUGCUAUGGUGGCUCUUGCAAUGCACCUUGCAGACAAGCUCUCCAAAGGAAACUGACGAAUGCAAGUAGCUACAUACAGAGUCAAAGUUUGACAAUAAUUUAUAUUCUGUGGGAAACUAUAGUUUUAAUCGUCUUUUUAUAGCGCUCGUGAUAGCUAUAUAUUUUUUAUAUAUUUUCAUUCCUCUGUCGUUCAUUCUCUAAGAGAGAACUAGUGAGCUCUCUAUGGCCGUUGCGCCCCUGCGUAGCAAGGGCAGGAACAUGCAAUGUUCAGAACAUGGAUACUCUGUUUUUUAUCGCAGAGUUCAUAUGCCAGCGCGUACUGCAAACCAUAGCAAAACAGGCAUACUGUUUCUUACAUUCUUUUAUGCAAUGUGCUGUUUAGCUGCAGUAAACAACAACAUAAUUAUUUGUCCAUCUGUUCAAUGAAAGCUUUUCGCCUCAAAAUAAUUGAUUGUUUGCUGACUAUCUUCCAUACCUACCAACCUGCAGAUAAACCUUUACUUCCGAAAUGUGUCA